UGCUACAGACAUAGGCUACAUCUCUUGCGCUCUAAACUAACUGCAGACGGCAAACCUGAUAACAAUGCAAACAUUUUUAAUUUAAACAUCAUUCAAUGAAACUUCCUUCAGAAAAGUAGGAUGACCGUUUUCAUCCAUUGGGGCGGGAGCUUGUGACUCUCACAACUUCCUCUAUAGCAGCGCAUGGAAGAGUUGAGCGCGAGCAUUCUCUCACUCGGUGCUUUGAGAGAGAGCUGAGCACUUCUGGACACCCGCGAGCGAGGAGCAACAGGACUACAGAGCUGUUAAACAGGCCAACUAAACUGACAGCAGCACACUCGACACGGACAGACAGAGUACUGAAAGAGUUUUGACUGGGGACUGACUCGGAUCAGGAGCAACAUGAGCGAGCGCUUUGACUGUGACAACUGCAAAGAGUCCUUAUACGGCAGGAAGUACAUCCAGGCGGAGGACAACCCUUACUGCAUCCCUUGCUACGACAGCCUGUUCGCCAACACCUGUGAUGAGUGCAAAGAGCUGAUUGGCCAUGAUUCAAGAGAGCUAUUUUACGAGGACCGUCACUACCACGAGCACUGCUUCCGCUGUUUCCGCUGUGACCGUUCGCUGGCAGACGAGCCCUUCACCAGCCAGGAUGAUGCUCUUCUGUGCAAUGACUGUUACUGCAAUGAGUUCUCCUCCAAAUGUGUGGCCUGCGAUAAAACUGUCAUGCCUGGAUCCAGGAAGCUUGAGUAUGCCGGCUCCACAUGGCAUGAGGGAUGUUUCAUUUGCAACAGCUGUCAACAACCAAUAGGCUCCAAGUCAUUUAUCCCAGAUAAAGAUGACCACUAUUGUGUAACCUGCUAUGAGAACAAGUUCGCACCGCGCUGUACUCGAUGUAAACAGGCCUUGGCUAAAGGUGGUGUGACCUAUAGGGAUGAACCAUGGCACAAGGAGUGCUUUGUGUGCACAAGCUGUAAAGUCCAACUAGCUGGCCAGCACUUCACCUCCCGUGAUGACAGCCCAUACUGCCUCAAAUGUUUUGGGAAUCUGUAUGCUAAGAAGUGUGAAGCCUGCAAAAAACCUAUUACAGGUUUUGGUGGAGGAAAGUACAUUUCGUUUGAGGAACGGCAAUGGCACCAGCCUUGCUUCUCCUGCUCUCGAUGCUCCGUGUCGCUGGUGGGUGCUGGCUUCUUCCCUGACCAAGAUGAGAUACUCUGUCGCAACUGCAAUGGCAGCUUAUAGAACGCAACCCCUAUCCACACACUUUACCUUCCCAUAUACAUGCAUACAUAUGCACACGUCUAUUUUACACUGCUGUGCCCUCACAUGAGAACUUCACAUCUCAAGAUGCCUAUGCUGGUACUGCUGUUUGAGAUUUCAGCAAACCAGCAAUCUGCCCCCACACACAAUGAGUUUCAUCAAAAUAUUCAAAGAAUAGGCUUACUGGUUUAAGACCAGUAA